UUAGCAAGGCUCUAAGUGAUCCAUGUUUGGAUUUUACCACAAAACCAUCUGAAUCUGGAGCCUGAGCAUUAAGCCUUAUCCAGUGGAUCUGCCUUUUUAACUGUCUUUGGAGUGUUCUGAUUUUAUUGUUUUAGUUGUUGUAUAUAGAUCUUUGGUCUCCCUCAAACUAAUUUUGUUUGGAUGGAUACUCAGUUGUUCCAGAAUCAUUUAAUGAGAACACUUUGGUUUAUUGAUCAUACAAAACAGUAACAAGCUUUUAGAAGGAGCAACACUGAAAGAGAUUUUCCCAGUUGCCUAUCUUGGAACCUUUUGUCUUCCAACUUCCUGCUUGCUUCUCCUGACUGCAGAGGAGUCACCCCUGGGAGCUUACAGACAAAGCAUCCAGAGGAGCCUUUGUCCCCUGAUGUGCCCGUACUUUAUAAAAAAGCAUGGGAGGAACAUUUCUCAGAUUUCAUCUUCCUCAUUUUAGUAAGUCUAGUUCCUCCAGGCCCUGGUUUACAUACACAUUGGAACUUAGAAUUGUAGAAACCCCAAUUCUAGGUUUAAUAUAUGCAGCCUCCUAAUGACACACCUGAAGUUUAGUUAGACUUUUCUAACUGGAAGGAUCGAUGCCAGUACACACUGAUUGGAGUCCUACUCUUCCCUUAUUCCAUAGGUAUUCAGAUUGUUUGGGGUUGAGAUCUGUCUCCCCCUUGCCUUCCCCUACCCCCUCAUUCGGCUAUUGUCUUGAUUUGUGGACACUAAAAUCAAUAAUCUAAAAUUGAGCUUUACUUAAAGCUCUGGUCAUGUCCUGACGCUGGGAACAUAACAUCCUUGGCCUCAGUGUGGUUGCAGGAGAGCCACCCAGGAGGGUCUCCAUACCUCCUUUCUUCCUAAAGCUCUCUGUGCUGUUCUGUGCUUUUUAUCUCCCCACCCAGUGCCUUUAUUUUGUUAUUUUUAUUUUUAGGAAAAAAAAAAACUAUUUUAUUUGGGCAUCUGCUGGUUUGGUUAAGACCUCUCUAAUUCUUCUUUAGUGGAAAUAAUGAAGUGAGGCAUGACUGUGUUUUAAGAAUUGAGUGCCUAGAGUUUUAAGCUCACCCAGCAACAGGUAAAGUAUAGGUCAGACCUUGGAUUCCAGCCCCAGUGGCCUUGACCUUGGGGCCACAUCUUGAUUACUGUGAGAGUAGGUAUUUGAUGUUUUUCUUAAGUUUAACUAAACUACAAUUCUGACUUGGGGGAGGAAGUAGCACCCUGGGAAUUUAAGUUUCUGUUUCUUAAAUGUCAGUUUUUACUAUGAUUGUUUAUUUGGGUUUAGACUUUUGAAAAAAUCCAUAUCACAUUUAGAAUCUUACAUUUAGUAACAUUUGUUUAUACUUUAUUGUAUUCCAAAUAUAUAGGUUGAAAGAAAAAACAUUUCCUAUAAAUAAUGAGCAUAUUUUCAACCUAAAAAUAAAGCACAUUUGACUUUUACAAAUCUCAGUAUAGAAACAGUUUAUAUGAUGCAAUUUGUAUAUCUAAAUGUUUGUACUUAGAGGGUAUUUUAAUGGUUUAUGCAGACAAUAAGACAUAAUAUCUGAAAUUGUGCCUGUCUUAGAAAGUCUGGGAUGUGUAAUCACCAUGAGAUAGAGGUGCCAAAUUUGUUCGAACAAAAAUGUAAAAGCUUGUUCUUCCAAAACUUUUUUCCACCACUUUCUAGAUAGCAAACUGUUCUCAAAAAUUAUACCACAUGACUUUAAAUAGUUUUUUUCUGUUUAGAUUUAGACAGAGCUAAUGGUUAUUCCAGGUGAAGUGUCAGAUUCAUUUUUAGCAGGUAGAAGAUUCCUCAAAUAGUGAUCUGUUUCUCCAUCUCUUUUUGGUGAGGCUGAGCCAGUGUGACCAGAUAUUUAGAUUUCUUGUCAUAAGCAGAAAUGUCAGCCCCCCCACACCCCUGUAAAUUUUGUUCAGUACUGAAAAUCCUUCAAACAAAAUAACUAUCAUUUUGAACAUCUCUUCUUCCUAAGUACUAUGGGUCUUCGUGUUUUCCAAAAGUUCUUUCUCAGGGUUGUCUUGAUCUUGUACUAGAUUUGUCAACAGUAACUAAUUAACAAUUACCAAAUUCAUGAUACACCAGGAAAUGUGCAAGAUAUACCAGGGAUACAGAGGGAAAUGGUUCAGAUCCUUACUCUCAAGGCUUAGAUGGUGAAGUAGGGAAGGGGUACCCAGCUAGGUUAACUGUAACCUAUGUGAGUGGCAUUAGAUAGCAUAGUGGUGGGGUGUGCAGGGGCCACACAGGCAGGUCACUGAACCCAGAUAUGGGAGGCUAGGGACUAUAUGUUAGAUAAUGGAAUCUGUAGGCUCGAUAUUUGACCAAGGAGGAUUAGCUAGACCAUCAGGCAAAUGAAUUAAAUCUGUAACACACCAUUGUGGAACCCCAGAACUGAAGUUUCUGUCUGUGUCUGUGUCUGUCUGCCUGUCUGCCUUUCCCCCUCUCUCUUGCCCCCUGCUAACGGUGUUGUGGAUUGUUCCUUCAAAUUUUCCCGGUUGUGUUAUAAACAUGCUUUGAAGAUCUAGAACUCAUUUUUAUCUGUCUGGCAAAUUCCAAGUUGGCUGAAUUGAACUAAACCUGAUGGAGACUUUAUUUUCUGCCUUCUGGGUUAUUGCCAUUUUAACGACCGUCUGAAUCACCAGUGAAAGGCUCCCCACGCAGUGUGUGUGCUCCAGGCCUCCCAGGCUCUUACUGGGGGUCCUUUCAUGAAGCCCAUACUCUCACAGAAAGGAAGUGAGCGUGCUGGAUGAAAGGCCGGACUGUCGGGAGGGAGCUGCUGCUCCAUCUGAUUGACUAUCUCGUCACCAGCUAUGGGAAAGACCCUGAAAUCACGAAUCUGAUCAAUAGUACCCGGAUACACAUCAUGCCAUCAAUGAACCCAGAUGGAUUCGAAGCUGUCAAAAAGCCUGACUGUUUCUACAGUAACGGAAGGGAAAAUUAUAACCAGUAUGACCUGAAUAGAAAUUUCCCUGAUGCCUUUGAAUAUAAUAAUGUAUCAAGGCAGCCUGAAACUCUGGCAAUCAUGAAGUGGCUAAAAUCGGAGACAUUUGUCCUCUCUGCAAACCUCCACGGUGGUGCAUUGGUGGCCAGUUACCCAUUUGAUAAUGGUGUUCAAGCAACUGGAACAUUGCUCUCCCGAAGCUUAACUCCUGAUGAUGAUGUUUUUCAACAUCUUGCACAUACCUAUGCUUCAAGAAAUCCCAACAUGACUAAAGGAGAUCAGUGUAAAAAUAAAAUGAACUUUCCCAAUGGAGUUACAAAUGGUUACUCUUGGUAUCCACUCCAAGGUGGAAUGCAAGACUACAACUACAUCUGGGCCCAGUGUUUUGAAAUUACACUGGAGCUGUCAUGCUGUAAAUAUCCUCGUGAGGAAAAGCUGCCAUACUUUUGGAAUGAUAACAAGGCCUCAUUAAUUGAAUAUAUAAAACAGGUGCACCUAGGUGUAAAGGGUCAAGUUUUUGAUCAGAAUGGAAAUCCAUUACCCAAUGUAAUUGUGGAAGUCGAAGACAGAAAACAUAUCUGCCCAUUUAGAACCAACAAAUUUGGAGAGUACUAUCUACUUCUCUUGCCUGGGUCCUAUACAAUAAAUGUUACAGUCCCUGGACAUGAUCCACAUCUCACAAAGGUGGUUAUUCCAGAGAAAUCCCAGAACUUCAGUGCUCUUAAAAAGGAUUUUCUACUUUCAUUCCAAGGGCAAGUGGAUUCUAUCCUAGUAUCAAAUCUUUCAUGCCCAAUGAUUCCUCUAUACAAAACAUUGCAGAGCCUCUCAGCUGCAACAAAGCCUAGUUUGUUCUUGUUUUUGGUGACUCUUUUGCACAUAUUUUUCAAAUAAAGUAAAAUGUGAAACUCAACCCCCAUCACCACCUGGAAUCAGGGAUUACUCACUCCAGGUGACUGCAACUCUAACUCCCUCAUGGGAUCUCCACUGGAUAAGCUCCAGUCUUCCCUAAGAAGAGAAAUGGAUAUUUACAAAUCCUGCAAUAAGUAACAUGUGGUGAUAAUGAAAGGAAUGAUUCAGUCUUGAAUGACAGAUGGAAGAUACCUGCCUAUCAAGUACUGCCCAUUUACAAAUUAAUCUUGAAGUCAUUUUAGAAAUAUGUAAUUUAAACUUGAGAAGUAAAACAGAAGUUCCUGCAAGGGGUGGGUGGGUGGUGGGGGAAAGAGCUAGUCAUCUAUUGCAAGAGCCAGCUGACUAUAAAUAACAAAGAUGAACAUUUAUUGAUCACUUACUACAUAACAGACCUUGCCAUGAGUACUGUUUGUGGAGACAGUAAUAAUUACGGAAGAAAUAAGACAAUAGUCUUGCUGAUGUUCUAAGAAGAUAUGAGAGAAAACAGGUAAACAUGUCUGAGUGGUCCAAGAAAUAUAGCCCUGGUGGGAUAAAAGAUUGUGUCUACAGAGUCCCAAAGAAACAUGUCAAUUAAGGAAGUGUCUCUCCUUCCAGAGUUGGUGUCCCUGUCUUUCUGUACCAAGAUGCCACAAUCCUGUGAUGAUGACUACCCCCAAAUGUGUAACUCCUGAGCUUCAGAUGCACAUCCAACUAACUGCCCACUAGACUUAUUCACCUGGAUGUGACCUAGAGAUGCCUCACAUUCGUCAUGUUGAAAAUUGAGCAUAAUUUUCCCCCUAGUGCUUUUCUUCCUACUACCUUCUGUGUCUCAUUUACUGGUAUUGCCAUGCCAAGAAUCUGAGAGUCAUCCUUCAUACUUCCUCUUUCUUCCUCAUCUCCUACAUUCUGUCACUAAAAUUGUAAACUAUCAACACUGAUUCCACCCUCUCCUCUCCGUGGCAGUUAGUAUUGACGUGUAAGCCCUCUCAGCUCAUUUGCACUCCUGCAACACUUUCCCAUUCUAGGAUCUAUCCUAUGCAUAGCACUAGAGAAGGGGGAUACUUCAACAAUCAGCUGUUUCUAUUCCCUAAACAUGUCACAUACUGUAUUGUUUGUGUUCCCUGUAUCUGGAAUAUCAUUCUGACUCAAUACAUCUUAUUUCCCACUCCUCCAUUAAAACUCCAAUUAUCAACUUCACCAGGAACCUGUUAGUGACCAGGAUCUCACAAAAUUCCAUUCUACCCCUUCCCAGACAAUCUGGGGAUAGAGACCCUUCCUCUUUGUGCCCCAGAAUAAACUAGUUAUCUCUAUUAUUGGAUUUACACCACUGUAAUAUGAUCUUCUACUCAUGUAUGCCCCUCAAGUAGAGUAUGUUUUCUACUUGUUUAAAAAAUUCAUUUUUAUAUCCUCAGAGCUCAGCACAAGAUAGAAUAAUAAAUGAACAGAGGGUUCCAGUAACCUGCUAUUCCCAGACCCUUCCAGAAACUAUAAGGCUUUUCAUCCUUUUAUGAAACUACAUCUUAUGGCAAUCUCCAGCUCACUGGUAACAAUGACAAAAAUGUUUUCAUAUGUGUAUUUCAAGAAAAAUUCCAAAUACAGGACUUUUACUUGUAUUUAUUGUAAGAUUUGUAGGAAGAGUAUUUUACUUAUUAAUGAUACCACAAUCUAUAUUUUCUUACCAGAAGACAAAAUUUUUUGCCAUUAGCAAACAAUUUGAAGCUACUGUCCUUUACAUAAAAAAUAAGGGGAAGGAAAAGGAUCCACCAAAAUGCAAUCACAACUCUGGUGGGCAGAAUUCUUAAGAGUUGUGUAUUGCUCAUGAAAAAUGAGUUCCCUUGUUUUAAAUUAAAAAUUUUGCAGGAUCUGAAAAUAAAACCACACUGCACUUGGUACAUGAUGAAAGCCUGAGAACGACAAAGAAUUGAGGUGCUACAUGGUCAUUUAGGUGCCAAGCUUAUUCCACAUGCACAAAACUGCACAGGCUGAUAUCAGUAGUACUUGUGAACUUUUAACCACUUAGGUAAUAACCUGAAUAUUUUAAUCAUUUUUUAUUUAAAUAAGCAGUAAUUUAUUAUAUAGGUAUGGAUUAAUAGUACCAAAACUGUUUUUGGUAUGUUACAUAUAAAAGCAUAUAAGACCAAACUUGAUUUAUCAUCAAACCUUAAAGGUUUUCUAGAUAGUUUUUAAAGGAGCAUAAACUGAAAUCUGAAUUAGUUCAUGACCCUUAAUAUAAAUUUCUUCUGAAAUGUUUAAAUCAAAGAUUUCUACCAAAUUCAAAUUUUAAAUCAUUAAAAGAUAAACAGGGUGUGGCUCAGUGUGCUUAGCAUGCACACUGAAACCCCUGGGUUCAAUCUCCAGCACACCUUCCCCCACAAAAAGACAAAACACAACCUGCCAUUCUGUGAUCAGACCAGCUCCCCAAACCUCCCUAACGCCUUUCCCACUUUGCCCAUACUCACAGAUGCAUAGAUAUGCUUGCUCCUCAGGCCCAAGUUCAACUGUAAUCCUUCUACGGUAAAAAUCCUCCUGUGAUAAAGGUUCUGAAGAUAGGAGAAAAAUGCAGGAGUUAUAGGAGCCCUAAUCCACCACACAUUUAGUUAAAAAACUAGACCCCUGCUAGACUGCAAACUGGUAGGAGAAAUCAUACUGUGGUGACAUUUUUGAUGCUUGUCCAGGUGAAGGAUGGAUAAUUAAUAUAUAGGUUGACAAAUAUUUUGAAGGCAGCAUAAUACACCUUAUUAAAGGCCAAAUCUUUGACCUGAAAACCAAAAUAUUGGUUACCAAUAAUGAUCAUCUAGUAAUAUUAAGGAAGCUUUCAUGAAGUGUUUAGCUUUCUCAUGAGCCUACUCAAAUGGUGAUCAACAUUAAUAUAAACCUAGAUGGUAGGGAGUAUUUUAGAGAAAUGUUAAGUCUUGCAGACAAAUGUCAGUGUUGAUUUUGGUGCUUAAUUUAUUAUAUGCAGACAAGCUGCUGAGUGUAUCAGAAAUGUUAAAAGCCUCUUCUCACCAUUUCUGAAAGUAUUUCUAAGAAAUACAUUGUGUUUUGUUCCAAAAGCAAAUUUGUAUUUGUAAUGUUUCUAAAAUGAUGUAAAUUAGCUUUAUGUUUAGAAAGUAUAAAUAUCUUAUGAAUUGAAAAUAUAUUUUCCUAGGGAAUCCAGUGUAUUCUCAUUACAACAGGGUAAGUUGCUCAAGUUUGGUUCUUUUUUUUUUUUUUUUUUUGGUUGUUCACAACAUUACAAAGCUCUUGACAUAUCAUAUUUCAUACAUUAGAAUCAAGUGGGUUAUGAACUCCCAUUUUUACCCCAAAUACAGUUAUUCUGCAUAGUAACAAUACAGUUGAUGUUUAUGACAAAUCACAUUUGUAUCUUCCUUGUGACUUUAGGUGUGGGGAGGGGAAGAAAAUUAUGAUGGCCAGAUUAGGUAAAGAGCACCAAGAGUUCCUAAUACCUAAAAUAGAAGCCUAGGUUUGCUGUAGACUUUACAUUUAUCACUAAUAAGCAGAUACCAUAUGUAUUGUUCAAACUUUUAUCAUAUUAUAGCUUAUGAAACUACAGUCUUCUAUAUACGUUUCAUAGCUGUUUUAUAUAAAGCUUCCUCAGUGACUUUCUUUUAUACUAUAAUUAAGAAUUUAUUAAGGGCUGGGGAUGUGGCUCAAGCGGUAGCACACUCACCUGGCAUGUGUGCGGCCCAGGUUGGAUCCUCAGCACCACAUACAAACAAAGAUGUUGUGUCCGCCGAAAAACUAAAAAAUAAAUAUUAAAGAAAAGAAUGUAUUAAAAUGCACAAAUUGUCUAAGACUGUAAAGUUUACUGGGGAGGGGCCAUGACUACCUCUAAGUUUAGUAAAUUUAGAAUAUUUGAUUCUCAAUAAAGGAUAUUCACUCAGUGA